GAACUGGAGGCCAUCAAGGCUCGAGUGAGAGAAAUGGAAGAAGAAGCUGAAAAAUUAAAAGAAUUACAAAACGAAGUGGAAAAACAGAUGAAUAUGAGUCCUCCCCCAGGGAACGCCGGCCCUGUCAUCAUGUCCCUGGAGGAGAAAAUGGAGGCCGACGCUCGUUCCAUCUACGUCGGCAACGUGGAUUACGGCGCGACGGCCGAGGAAUUGGAGGCUCAUUUUCACGGCUGCGGCUCCGUCAAUCGCGUCACCAUUUUGUGUGACAAGUACAGUGGCCACCCCAAGGG